AUGACACAUGUAGCUAGUGAAUCCCGCACACGUGCUAACACCAAACCCAAAUGUGAUACAUCCCGCUCAACAGCCACCACCGCAACCCCCACCUCAGCAACCACAAACCGCAGCAUGCCCCGCAGCAAACGGUUAUACAAAGCUUACGGCCUGUACCUAAAAAAGCUUUUCUAUGCAAAACAUGAAAAGCGAAUAGAGCAGAAGCCAGUUUUCAACUAUCAUUGCGGUAGUGGUAGACUAACAAAAACUAGUAGUCCCGAUUGCCUCAUCACCGGCUCCGGGCGGUCCGGCUCGCGUGGGUUUCCCCCCGCGUGCUCAACCCGCAAUCGCAGCACGCUCAACACCGCCCGCCGCGACCGGCGCACACCCUUGCACCACACGCUCCAGCAACAGCAACAGCAUCAACAAAUGCAACAACAACAUCAGCAACAUCAACUCACUCAACAUGUCAUCAGUCCACAACUUCAUCAACAGCAACUAAAUCAAAUCAAGCUCUCCAAUCAUCCAUUUUCUCAACCAACAGAAUCAGGCUACACGCUCAUACACCUCAGGGAACAAAGUAACGCAAAAUUAAAAGUACAAUUACCCCAGCACACAGUAGUUAGGCCAAACCAAACAAAGGACCUCUACCUCAAAAAACUCUCCUACCCUUCCGCAAAGAUCUUCACCACAUCCCCAACACAUACAAAAAUCAAAAAAGUCGUAGUUCAACCCAACAACGCAAGCAUAUGGAGAUCUGAGGAGAGCAUUUCAGCUGCCCUUCUCACUAAAACAUUCGUAAAUGAUAAUUGA